AUGCUUGAAAACCUCCCAGGCACGAUUAUCGAAACAAUUUUUCUGAGCUCCCUUUCUGACGCCGGUGAAGCUUUGGCUCGCCGGCGUCGGGACACCUCUUCUUCCUUUAACUUGCAUCUCCUAUAUCUCUCGAUAAUCUUUGUUAGGCCAUUUUCUCAAUCAUCCCUAAACUCCAAUCUUUCAACGUGUUUCGAUGGCUCCGACCGAAUCUGUGACAGAGGACUAAGGCGGUCUCCGGCGACCUUCUCCCAGCCUUACCCUCUACUUAAUUCAAUUUCGAAAUCGAAGAAAGAAGUCCACACUUUUCCCAGCGGUGCUUUAUCUCACAAAUCGGAACCUUGCCUCAUCGAUCCGCCAAGAUACUCUAGCUCUCGACCUUUACCAGAAGGUUCCACGCACCAGCAGAUGUUGUUCAGCGUUCCAAUUCUUGGAAUGACUUCUCCGGUGAUGUUGGCGGCGGUGUACGGCAGAGCUCCUCAAACCAGAGGUAUGCUAGGGUUUCCUUUAUUGGACUGGACUCAAUUGGGCCCAAUUGACUAUAUCUCUCGGCCCAUUACCAAAAGUUGCAACCCAACUUCUCACUUUGCUUGGCCCAGGUCUGCUUUUCUUAAUUUUUUGCUUAGCCCAUCAUCUUUGACAUCUCGAUAUAGCGACUUGACUGGCCGAGGACUCCAACUAAGUCCUAUGUCGUUAUCAUUGCGAUGGGUGUGUAAUUAUAUUUCUCGAACCUUGGCCAUUUGCAAAUCUGCGAUUACUUCAUCGUUUCAUCAAAGCUUCAGGCUAAUCGAUUUGUUGUCUCUAGUUUCUAGAUAUGUUAACAGACUGAAGAAUAACGGCAUUAUGAUCUCCUCUCUAAGGAGAGGUGAUUACCGGAACUUCUUCAAUCUUUUUUCCAUGUUUCCUCUGAAUACCGAAUCCGAGCAAGUGUUAUCCUAUGAUUAUAAGGUUGAUAUUCAUGAAAUCAAAGGUUGGAGGAACUUUGGCAUUAUGAUCCCGUUCCCAUGGAACGGUGGUUACCAAAGCUUCCUCAACUUUUUACCUCCGAACCCGCCCGACGACAGAACCAGUUUAACUUCUCUCCUUGCUGAUGAGCAAAUCCAGCUCGCUAUACUCGUGCCGGCGAGAACCUCGGCUAUGGAACCCUAUUCAACGUCACUUAGUCUAUUGACCGUGACCAUCGUAUCGUCUAACGCUUCGUUCGUGGAUGAUUCUUCGACAAACCGUGUUAUCACUUGCACCAAUUUGCUUCAUUCCUUUGGCCUCCAAGCUCUCAUGGAUCCUUUGUCGAAUUACUUUUGCUAUCUAUGUGUAGCAUUUGCUUUAACCUUUGUUUGUUGUUGCUACUUUUUUUUAAGCCUUCUUAUCCUUGUACCUUUGGCUACUUUGAACCUUGUCUCGUUUGAAUGAAUGAAAACAAGUUGUUUGACAAAAAAAAAAAA